ACCUGGUUGUUGUUGUUGUGGUCCGCCAAGUGAAUUUUAGCCAACUCUCUGAGAUCAAGAUUGAGAAAUAUCCGUAGACUGAGAUCAGAUCGGACUGCGGAAGAGGGGCCAACCAACCAGACGCGGAAGUAACAACCUUCAACUCCAGCCAUGGCCGCUGUGCUGCCGGAAAACGCGGCCGAGAUCGCGGUGGCCAAUGCAAUCAAUAACAUCAACGGGAAUGGAAAUGGGAACGGGCGCAAUCGGGUGCUACCUGGCGGAUUAGGUGGUGGUGGACAGAACAACAUGAUGAAUAUGCGGGAUCGACUGUUCCAUGCCAUAUAUUUUCGGGCGGCGGCCACCUAUGCGGAGUUGGUUCCAAGGAAGGUGCAGUUGACCAUUGAGUUCCUGCUGCUGGCCAAGGCGUUGCUGUUCUUCUUUACGCUCAUCUACGUGCACAACUCCUUCAUCAAGAAUCCCUGCACUUGCCUGCAGGAGGUUAAGAACUGGCCGCGCGAAGGCGUCAUCAGAGUGGAGAUCAUUCCUCACCUGGCGGAGAAGCGAGCAAUUUGGCAGGGAAUCAAGAGGGACCAAGAAAUAGUGCGCUCCCUAAAGGAUUCCUACUACUAUGGCAUUGGACCCCAAACUCGGCAAAAUCAAGACACGCUUAAACGGUACGAGUCCAUUCUGGGAAAACUGGGUCUGCCCGUCCGACCAACCUUCGCUUACAGUAACGAAUCCCUGUACUACUACUUUGAUGCCAUCAACAUCCUGGACACCUACGACCAUCCCAAUGCAAUACAGCUCAAGAACGAAGAGGAUGAUGAAGAGCAGUACAUUGUGGAGUAUUCAUUGGAGUAUGGCCACCUCCGCUUGUCUUCAUCCACGCGAAAGCGUCUACGCAUUCCCGUGCUCACUGUCCAAUUGGAUCCCAAUACGGACAAGUGUUUUGGGGACAGUUUGACGCGUUAUUUGCUCAAACGUUUGCUAGGCUAUGAUGACUUACUAAUGGCAUCCGUACGAACUAUAGCCGAGCAGGAAGAGAAUAAGGGCUACCUGCGCAAUGUUAUAACCGGCGAACAUUAUCGCUUCGUCUCCAUGUGGUGGGCAGCCUGGAGCAGUUACCCGGCUGCCUUCUGUGUGAUGUUACUAUUCACCUUCUCAGUGUCGAUGUUGCUGCGCUACUCACACCACCAGAUCUUUGUGUUUAUAGUCGACCUGCUGCAGAUGCUGGAGUACAAUGUGUCCGCCCGGUUCCCAAUCGCACCGUUGCUCACUGUCAUAUUGGCGCUCGUAGGAAUGGAAGCCAUCAUGUCGGAGUUCUUUAAUGACACCACCACGGCCUUCUACAUCAUACUGAUUGUCUGGAUCGCGGAUCAAUACGAUGCCAUCUGCUGUCACACGAGCAUCACCAAGCGUCAUUGGCUCAGAUUCUUCUACCUGUACCAUUUUGCGUUCUAUGCGUAUCACUAUCGCUUCAGUGGACAGUACAGGACGCUGGCCCUGCUCUCCUCGUACCUAUUCACCCAGCACUCGAUGGUGUUCUUCUUUCAUCGCUUCGAGCUGCCAGCCAUCAUGGCCCAGCACCAGGUCUUCAUCAUAACACGCAACCAGGGAGCAGCAGCAGCAGCGGCUGCAGCGGCAGCGGGCGCGGACGGAGCAGAGGCAGCAGGAGGGGGUGCAGGAGCAGAUGCUGCAGCUGGAGGACAGCAAGAAGCUGGUGGGGCAGGAGCAGGCGGCAUCGGUGCUGGCCAGCAGGCGUCUAUGCAACGUGCCCGUCUCAUAGUCACGCGACUCUUCAGCCAACUUGCAGCACAGCGCCAGGGGCAGCAGCAGCAACAAAAUCAGCAGCAACCACGCCCGCCAGGACCCACCGCCGCCGUGGGCGUGGCCUUGGCCAACCUGAGAAGACUGCCCGUGGUGGGCCAGUGGCUGCAGGGCCGCGAGCAAUUCGCCACCGUGCGUCGCGUCUUCCUGGGACACGGCGGCAACGCAAGGCUGAUGCAGGUGCGUCUGCAGCGUAUUAACGUCGCUGACAUACCUGGCUUGCGCAACCAGGUGGCAGCGGCCAUGGCAGCAGCGGGGGCCGCCCAAAGGGGCCAGAGCGCAGCAACAGAUGAACCCACCAGCGGCGAUGUUGCAACUACAGAUGUGGCAGCAACAGCAGCCGCGACAGCAACGCCAGCAGCGGACGAUGUAGCAGAUGUCGAAACAAAUCAGGGACGCAAGCAGCCGACAACAUCGAGCAUAAAUGAUGCAGUAGCAACGGGAGCGGAAGGAGCUCAGGACAAGCCCGGCCAGGAGAAAGUGGAGGUGGUCGAGCAUUCUGGGCAAGAAAAGCUACAGCAUGGCGAUGGCGAUGGGGAUGGGCAAAUAGCGGGCAUGUCCAAGACGCUGGAAAAUCUAAAUUUCGUUGCGGCGGAUAUUAUAAAUAUGUCGGAUGAAACUACUGUAGCAGCAUCGCCCCCAACGGACGGCACUCAACAACCAGAUCAGACCCUGAUCCACACCCACGUCCAUGUCCAUCAGACUCAGCCGAAGGCGAGGCAAUUAGAAAAUAAUUUGCCAGAGUUGCUGAAAACUGAGGGGGCAUCCGCAGCAACGGCAUCAGGUGAAAAGCAAAGCUGCCCACUACAAGCACCCAGCAUUAUGAAUGACCAGCAGCAGCAGCAGAGGCAGAAAAACAAACCGGACGAGCCCGCGACAGCAACGGUAGCAACAUCAGCAGUUGCCACGUCAAAACAAUCCUCUGGGCCAGGAGCAACGGAGGUGGGAGCGGUAGGAGCGGCAGGAGGAGCCGACGCAACAGCCAGGCCAAUGAUGGAUGACAGGCAAACAGUUGAUUUUAUAGAAGGCGACAGCCCAACGUCAGCAGCAAAUUGCCAACUCAAUGCUGGCACAAACCACAAGGCACAGGAGCAGCAGCUAAUGAAAACUUCACAACAUACAUCAAACCAAGUGACAACUACAGCAGCAGCAACAGGAGCAGCAGCAGCAGGAACACCAGCAACGGGAGCAACAGCGGCAAUGGGAACAGCAGAAACAUCAGCAGAAUAAGCAAGGCAUUAGUGGCGAGCCUCCAGAAACGUACACAACACAAACCCAAUUCCGAAUCCGAACUCAAGCCCAAACCAACCGAAAGUAGCUACCCACAUAACAAGAUGUCAUACAUAAAGGAGCUAGUAAAUUUUAGAUAAUUUGUCUGGUGUACUUAUGUCCGGAGAUCAACCACGACUCACGACGCCCCCGCUCCGAUUCGAAUGUGUGCUUGUGCCGUGUGAAUGUGUCUGGGUUGGAUGGGUGGUAGAUGGAUGGAUGGUUGGAUGGAUAGCUGAAUGGAUGUAUGGUUAGCUGGGUAGAUGGUAGAUUUCCGAGUGGGGGAGGUUAGUGGGUGUGAGAGCGUGUUUGAGCUUCGACCAGGAAAGGAGUGACGGAAACGCGUAGUUGACCUGCUUGCACCUGCAGGUAAAAGUCAGGAUAUACAUACAUAUACAUAUAUAUUAAUAAUGUUGCACGGCUUUUUAAUUAGCCAAAUACGUGAGAAGCAGCCACACAUGUACGAAUACACACACACACACACAAGCUAGUCGCGUUUUAAACUUAACUUUUUUUGCCCAUCCUUGUUUGCGCCUUUAUUGAGAAAAAUGCGUUGAACAUUUUUAAUUAACUUUCCGUUCCGAGCUGCCUUCAACCCACGAAGCGCCAGCCGCCUCAUCGUUUUGGACUCCGCCUCCGAAAACGGACGGACAAACAGCCGUAAGCCCUUCCGGCCGAUAACCAAGCCCGAUCCGAUGCCUGCGCUGAUGCUUCUACUGUUUGCCCAAGCUCUUUGCUUUAGCUUUAUGGAAUACCAUAGGAUUGUCAACUGUAAUAUAUUUUGUUUGUCGAAACAUCAUUUUAACAAAAAAGAAAGAAAAAACGGGCCGAAAAAAGCCAUCACAAAGGAAACACACUGUGAAUAUUCAUAAGAAAUUGUCGUUGAACGUUUGCCUGUUGUUGGCCAAAAAAAAAAAAAAAUGUAAAAUUCUUUAUUGUAAUUUUAUUGCUUUCAUUUAUGUUUUUAAGCGUACUCCUACUUUGUACAUGGUAAUUAAUCUGAGAUGCGAUUGAGUGAAUGUGGCGACGUGUUUCUAGAACUAUUUGGUAAGCAAUGGCGGUCGGAAUCGAAGUUCGCGAACGGUUUAUAACUCUUAAUUAUACGUACUAAAUACUAAAACUAGUAGCUAUGACUCUUUGCUAUUGCUAAACAAACAAAAAAAAUGUUAUUUCUAAAUGUGUAUAAAUAUAUAUACGACAUAAAUUAA